AGUUGACCACUGUAGUUCCUGUGCACAUGGUGAUGUGAGUAUAAUAGAAUUUUGAUGUUUUACAUGCUACUCAUAUUUGACCUGUGAAAAUAGCUCAGGUUCCAUCAAUUAGCGUUGAUAAACGUUCCAUGGAUUCCAUUUCGUUUUUUUUGUUGCAAAAAUUCCAAAAAGCCGCAUAUCUAAUGGGUCAGUUUAGCAUAUAAGUUUAUUACAAUGCAUUUUUCUUCACACUCAGCUAUCCUCACAUGCUGGCUGGGAGUCAUAGUAAACGUUGUUCACAGCAACUACAGUGUGAAAAUAUUAGCUAGCACUGUCUUUAAAUGAAAACCACAGCAUAUUGCUCAUAUAUGCUUCCUCCAUUCAGAAAUCUACCCCCUUCCUUUUUCCUACAAUGCAUUAUGAAACUCCUCCUGUGUCAGCUGACUCCUACCAGAGGUCUGAGAAAUGCUGUGUCUGAACAGAUCAGCUGACUGCAAACCAUCCUGGACUACAAACAGGGAAACUUAGAAUUUUAUCCAGGGUGGUGGAGAAGGCUGCAUUCUUGGAGUAGUAACUAGACCUGACCUACUUGGGAAAAAAGGUAAAUCCAGUAAUGACAGCCACUGUCAGAGAAAGGGUUAGGACAUCCAUGGUGAUAUAUUGGUUUAAUCAGUCACUGUAGCCCUUAUAGAGAAACAGACACUACAUUUGCUUCAUAAAUGUUGAGUUUGGUACUUGUGUUUUGUCACUUUUUUGUCUGUCCUGUUCUAAUGCUGCAUUUCUAUUUCUAUGUUUUCCUUACGUAGACUUUCAUAAGCCAAUUUGCUCCUUUUAAAAAAAAUAAAAAAUAAAAAUUGGGUGGAGAACAGGCACAUCACAUUCUAGGAAGCAUUGUUUGCUAGGGGACAGUAAACACAGCCAAGGUUAUUCAUUAACUAGGAAUUGUGGAGUUGAAUAAUUUUUCAAUUUGGCUAAUUUGUCCUAAAUGUUUAAUUUCCUUGUUCAGUUCCCACGACCUCUAUAUUUUUGACUUAAAUAAUUACUGGUAUACUUUUGAUUUAAAUCACUAGUCCUUAAGAUUCUAUUUAAUUGUGAAUACAUAGAUUUGUCAACAAUUUUGUAAAAUUUUUUUGCUGUGAAAAAGUGCAUGUUGUCUUUGCAGACACAGGUUCAAUUAACUCUGAUUAACCCCUUAACGGCCAAUGAUAGAAUUAUUGUGCUUCCCCUUGAGGAUAUAAAUAUGGGUUUUCUAUCAGAAAGAUAUAUGCUUGUGUUAUAUAAGGCAAGCAGGAUUUGUAUGCUUAUAAGUGAUUUAUACUUGGCACUAGAAUAAAAUAUUUGCACACAGGAGUCUUAAAAUUGUAUUAUUAGCAUAUAUUAUAAACAAACAACUGCUAUGCUGAAUUAAAUAACUACUAAUUAUUAAUCCCUGCCAUCUCUUCAUCUUUAGGUGAAACAUUGUAAUGUGUCGCUGUGAAUAAGUUUAAGCCCUUGAGAGGGUAAACUUUGGAAAUAUGCCCAUUUUGCUUAGAGGAAACAUUGGUCCUGGUUGGCAGAGCAUUACUUACUGUGUUAAAACCUAUAUGGCAGGGCAGGUGAGCAAUUGCCUCCUGGCACACUAGUAUGGAGGAGUUGUGGACUGCAGCCUCACACUAUUAUUUUUGUGUUUUGGGAUGUCUGUUGGCACAAAACUGCAGGGUCUGUGCUAGUAAAGCACUGUGUGGGUUUGUGCAUGUGCUGGUAGCCUGCUUUCUCAGGAGUACAGUAUCAAGGAUUGACCAUGUGAGUCUUUGGAGGUGUUUACAAGUGAUCACCGAGUGAUAUGAGAGAAAUGUAGUGUAAGGAAACAGAGUGUGUGUCUAUUUGGAAUGAAGUUGUUAUGGUGCCAGGAGGUCACUGGCAUCAGCUUGACUUUAAAAGUUAAACUGUUCAUGAACUGUUUAACCUGGAAUUCCAGCACCCGAUUGCUCUGCCCCCUGGCCUUCCACUAAUCAGAAUCUUGAAGGAGGAAUCCUCGGUUAGGGACGCUGCUGAUUGGCUAAAAAGCGUCUGCUGGCGCUCUAAGCCAAUGAGUAGAUCCCCAUUCAUAAAACCUAUUGAGAAAUGUACAGCGGCACCUCUGGAUGAAGCUUCCUCUUUCAAAAUUCUGAGCAGCUGAAGGACAGGGGGCCCAGCGAUUGCGCACUGGAUACUGGAACUGGACUUUGGGGUUAAAUUAUUUGUGUGGAGGUUUAAGGUUAGCUGAUGCCAGACACUUCCUGGCACAAUAACAACUUAAUUUCAAUGAAGUUGUUAUGGUUCCUGGAGUUUUCCUUUAAGCAUGACAAAAUUCUGCGAAUGUUCCUUACUGAUGGAGAUUGCAGGGGUAUCUGAUAUCACAACCCUAGCAGCAUCCAUCUGUUAAAGUGAUACCAUAGGCACCAAAACAACUUUAGCUUAAAUAGAUCAUACCUCUGUUUGCUCUGUUCUGUCAUUUAGGAGUUAAAUCAUGUUGUUUAUGCAGCCCUAGUCACACCUGCUGCAUGUGACUCACACUUUCAGCUUGAAAACAAAAUUAAUAGUUUUAGUUUUCUAUCCGGUUCUACAUUUACUUUAGAAUUUUUAUUUAUUUAAUUUUAUCUCCUGCGCUGUAAAGUGAACUUUAAUGAGACACUUCAGAGCACAAAUACAAAAUAAUCAAUGUUUAGUAGAAACACCACAAAUAAAAACUUUGUUUUUAAUUAUGCAUUUUUUUUCUCCAUUGGGUGUAUAUAUAAAAUCAGCUUGCAAAACCUGCAGAUCUUUUGUCUGCUGCCUCUCCCUUCUAACUCCGCCCAGACUUCCUGUGGCUGUCCAAUCACAGACUUCCCAAUGCAGCUCAAUGAGAAUUAUUUGCAAGGCAGAGAUGCUCUGGGCAAAUGCUGCCUAUUGAGUUUAGCUCAUCUGAGCUAACCAAACCAGGAAGUAACUGGACCUGCUAUAUAAUUGAACGCUAGGCGGGUGUAUUUUUACAUUAUGUAAAUUUAUAAAAGUGCAAAUUUCUAUUGAAAUCCGCACUUUUUGUAAAAUGAAAAAAUGGACACACUCUUCACACAUAAAACUUUUCAGAGUUUCUCUUUCAUCAAACACAGAAGGUUCCUGCAGGCUAUAAUCAAAGCAGUUUAUAAGAAAUUCUAAAUUUCUAAGAUUCAAGUUUUAAAGGGACACUAUAGUCACCCAGACCACUUCAGCUCAAUGAAGUUGUCUGGGUGCUAAGUCCCCAAAUUUUACAUUAUGUUUACAUUGCAGGGUUAAUCCAACCUCUAGUGUCUGUCUUCCUGACAGCCGCUAGAGGCGCUUCUGCGACGCUGGAUGUAAAGUUCGCAUCCAGUGUGCAGAACGUCCAUAGGAAAGCAUUGAGAAAUGUUUUCCUAUGGACUGUUUGAAUGCGUGCGCGGCUCUUGCCAUGCAUGCGCAUUCCGCUCCACUCGGGAGCUGACGUUGGCGGGGGAGGAGAGGUUACCAGUGCCGAGGGAGCCCGGCGCUGGAUAAAGGUAAGUGGCUGAAGGGGUUUUAACCCCUUCAUCGCCAAGGGAGGGGGACCCUGUGGGUGGGGGGUCCUAAGGAUGCUAAAGUGUCAGGGAAAUUAGUUUGUUUUCCUGACACUAUAGGGAUCCUUUUAAACAUUAGAUAUUGGUAACGUUGGUUUGUUAAAUUGGUUGGCAAUAAUCUCCUGCUGAUUUAUACAGUAAUUUUGCAAUUUGGUGUCAUUUACGCAUGCGGCAUUUACUUUUCCGUCUUAUUUACACUGUUUCUUAAAGGAGUACUCUCACUCCCAUAGCAACUUCAGCUUAUUGAUGUUGUUAUGGUGGCAGGAGUGUCCAGGUGCUGUCUUACCUUCAAGACUUGUGACUCCUGCACCCAUUCGCCUGCUGGAGGCGCUCACCGGGAUGUUUCCUGGUGGGCUGCCCCUGUCUGGGGCCGCAGCACUAUGCGAGUGGCUCUUGAGCUGCCCCCAGCGACGGGCUGAUCCUCAAGGCGUGUCUGUAUAUCUGUCAGUGAGUGUGCUUGUGUGUCUGUCAUUGAGUGUGAGUGCUUGUGUGUUUGUGACUGUCUCUGAUUGAGUGUGUGUCUGUCAGUGAGUGAGUGAGUGACACGAGGGAGUGGCAAAAUGGAUCUUUGACUGACUAGGGCAGCAGAAAUCCUUGCACCGGCCCUGCCGGCACCUGUCAAAACUGCCCUCCGUGCCAUACAGCCAAAACUGCCCUGCAGUCCUUUUUGUGCUGCAAUGUGAGGAUGUUUUAGGGCAGCUGUGAUAGACUCUGAGGUGAGCUCAGAUGGCAGCUGGACACUCAUGACUCUAUAGCAACUUAAAUGAAAUUAAGUUGUUAUGGGGAAUGGAGUAUUCUUUUAAAUAUUAACUUUUUGGGGGCUGAUGUGUGCUAUGGUCAUGGUCACUGCCGCCCAGGAGUAGUGGGAGUUUGAGCGCAGGACUUAUUUUUGUGUUUGUAUUUGCGUUUGUAUCACAAAGCCAUGUUACAGUGCUGCCGCCCAUCCCAUGUAUUCCCUAUUAAGGGAUAAUAAAUAAGUAGGGGUUUAAAAGAAAAUACUCCACUCUGUCUCUUUAGAGAUAUUUUUUGCCUGAAGCUGAAGCAAGCAAUGUGAAUUGUUAAUGUACGACCCACCUAAUAGGUUUGCCUUGACGUGGCAGGUGAGCUUACAUCUUAUGGCCAUUGGAGGUAAACUAAAAACCUAAAUUUAUAUAAAUAUGCACAGGGAUUUCGAAUAGUGCGCAGGUAACCUUUUUUUCCUUUAGUUUUUAUUAUCUUUUUGUAGUCUUCAUUUUAUUAAGCAUAUAAUUAAAUUUCAAUAGAGUGAAAAUGCCCACAUUCGCAACUAAUAAAUUAUUUUAAAUGAAUGCAAAGGAAACAGUAUUUGCACUAAUAUUAAAGGGAAGCUAUCAAGUAAAAAAAACUCUUAUUUAAUGCAUUCAAUAUUAGUGCAGUUGCAAUGUUAUUAAGAAAGGAAAAAAAACAACGUAAAUGUUAUGAGACACAGGAAUUAUCAAAUUAUUUGCAUAUCUCAAAGCACAGAUUGGCUCCCCUGCUCGUAAUAGACCUUAAAAGUGUAGUGGCUAUGAUGUCAGUAGUACUCUGGACCUAUUUACCGAUAAUGGGGCAAACUGUUUUGCAAUGAUUUGCCCAUUUAUCAUGGUCCCCUUGGAGGCAGAGGGUCCUCACUUCUGAUUGUGACAAAAUCCACCUUCUGCAAAAGCCUGAUGCUUUUGCCAUUCGUUGGCUGAGAGCAUCAGCUGACUGCGCUCAGCCAUUGAAUGCAGCUCUGUUUUAUUGAAAUAUGCACAACAUUUUCAUUAGCAGAGUUUUGCGCUGGCUAAUGAUACACCAAUGAUGUUUCCCUAGUAAGAGUUAGACCUCUAGCAGCAAGGGGGUUAAUUCAUGUGUUGCAGGAUUUCACUAUGAAAACACUGCACAUACAAACUCUAAGCACCAUGACCACUUCAAACAAGCUAAGUGAUCAACGUUGGUAUAAAGGCAAUUUGAGCACCUUACAGUCCACAGCACAUUGUAUUGGUUAUAUAGUGCAAUACAUCUAUCUAAACUUCUUUUUUUUUUUUUUUUUUUAGAGAAGAAAAAGGGGUAGCAAGAGAGGUGAGGACGGAACAACAGCUCAAAUAGCCUGCCCUUCGGUGGGUCCCCGCUCAGAUCUCAAGCUCGUUUUAGCUCAAGUUUUGCCAUUACAGAGAGAACAUCUCUGAAGCAUAUCAGACUGGUGCCUCCCAUAUGGGCAGUCCAGAUCUGAAAUGCCAGCAAGUUCCCUCUGCACGAGAAAUACGGCAACCCUAGACGAUCGUUUCAACCUUGUAAGGUAUCAUCAGUGAGGUAUAGCCAAUACACGUAUGGAUUACCCUUUACACUUAAAGAGAGACAAGACUAGUCUGAUAUGCUUCAGAGAUGUUCCCUCUGUAAUGGCACAGCUUGAGAUCUGAGUGGAGAACCACCGAAGGGCAGGCUAAUUGAGCUGUUGCCCGUUCUCACCUCUCUUGCUACCUAUUUUUCUCUCUUUAUUUUUUUGUAGCUGCGUACGGGAAAAAACAGUUCUAGCCAGCACACAAGUUUUUUUUUUUUUUUGUACAUUUUUUUUUUCCUUGUUUACAAAACGGCUUUAUGAAGGGAAAGUUGAUUCAGUGCUUAGAGUAUCCCCUUAACUUAAAUGCAACAAAUUUCUGGUAUUCAAAGCUGCAAAUCAUUUUAAUUUUUCUCUCCUUUACUUUCUUUAGGAUCAGAUGUUCUAAGGCUAGAAAUCAAGGGAAUUCUACUUCUCCAUUGAAAACCAACUAAUAACAUUCAGCCAUGACUCCUGAACGCACAAAACUGUUUAACAUCCUCAUACUGGGGUUUGCUUUCAUGCUUAUGUUUACUGCCUUCCAGACCUGCGGAAAUGUUGCCGUAUGUAUAGACAUUUAUUUAUCCUUAUUUGAUUUGUUUACAACACUUUUUUGUGUAAUAAUGAACACUGUUGAGUUCCAUUUUUUGUUAUUUUAUAUAUUGUGUAAUUAUCCCAGUAAACACAAUUGGGAUAUAUGGUUUGUCGAAUAGCAAGCAAAAGUGUUCCACAACACCACCAAAAAAUAGGUACAGAAAACCAAUGUGUUCCAAAUAUAUUGAUUGCAAAUCACCAAAAAGUCCAUAUCUAAAUAACCUAAAUAUGUGAAUAAAUAAUACCCGAAUAAUACAAAUGUGCAACGUCAAAAAGACAUAAUGAAUACAAAUAUUAUAUAGUGUACUCAUUUGUUACAUGCUAUAUACACUCAUAAAUUAUAGAUACAAACCCACAAACUUAGAUCACUUACACUCCCAACUCACUGCAACCUGAGACCUCUUCAAGUCCCUGACCGCAACGGACAUCUCCAAAACCCUAAUGUGGUCCAAACAAAAAUUUAAUGAGAAGGGCAACAAAGUUUACUCCCUCCUCGCUCACUGCCCUCAAACCUGGCAAGAAGCAAAGAAAAUCUCUAAAAAUCCAAAUGCAAACAGAGAGAUCACAAAUCACCCGGACAACAUAACCCAAAUCUUCCUAUAAUACUACACAGAUCUGUACAAUCACCCACCAGGCCUCUCGAUACGAAUCACCGCGAUGAUGAGCCCCAUCAACUCUUUCCUGGCACCACUUCAGCUACCCUCGCUACUAUUACUAAACUAUUACAGUACUGGCAUCCCCGGUGGAAGCGGAAGAAAUAGCGCAAGUCCUAAAAUCCCUAAAGCCACUGAAAAGCCCAGACCCAGACGGCUUUACAGCACUGUAUUACAAAACCUUCCCAGACCUCCUUAUGCCACACAUAUGUAAAGUAUUCAACUCCCUUCUCCGAGGCACUCUCCUUCCCCAAGACAUGCUUACUGUGUGCUUACUCAUGAAACCCGGAAAAGACCACCUCGAACCAGAACUCUACCGGCCAAUCUCACUUUUAACCCCUUAAGGACCAAACUUCUGGCAUAAAAGGGAAUCAUGACAUGUCACACAUGUCAUGUGUCAUUAAGGGGUUAAACAUCGAUUUCAAAAUCAUAACCAAAGCACUGACCAGCUGACUUUAUUCAUACCUCCCUAAUCUGAUCCAUCUGGAUCAUAUUGACUUUAUACCCAGAUGACAGGGUGAAGAUAAUACUUGCAGAGCAAUCAACACCAUCUGGUAUGCCCACCACCACCAAAUACCCUCUUUUAUGGCCCUUCUUAUUCCGGGUACUGACACACGUCGGUUUUCCACGAACCUUCAUCAACAUGCUCACAUCGCUAUACGACCACACCGAGGUUCACCUCCUGCUACUCAACAUUGCAGCCCCUCCCUUCACAAUCCAGAAUGGCAUUAGACAGGGGUGCCCUCUCUCACCCCUGCUCUUGACCAUAUCCUUGGAACCGCUUCUCCAGACCAUACUCAACCACCCGGACAUCCAAGGCAUCCAGAUAAGGCGGAACUCUAUCAAAGUGGCGGCUUACGCAGAUGACGUUCUUCUCACCCUGUCAAAUGCUGUACCCUCCAUCAGAGCCACGCUGACCUUAAUCAUGGAAUACGCAACUAUCACUAGGUACAAGAUUAACCUAACUAAGUCGGAGCCCUGGCCCUGGAUGACACUUUACUCCCCUAGAUCUGCACAACAUUCCCAUUCAAAAAAUCCAUGACAGCCAUUACAUACUUAGGCAUCCGCCUAUCACCGUACCUUCAGGAACCGCUCCUAGAUACUGCCCUGGCGGAUCUGCAGAGAUGGCACUCACUGGGCCUGUCCUGGUUGGGGCGAGUAACCACAAUAAAGAUGAACCUGUUGCCUAGCUUCCUAUACCUCUUCCAGACACUGCCAAUGCCCCUAGUACACACUGAUUUCAAAAACCUGCAGGCUGCCAUAGACAAAUUCAUCUGGAAAAAGGGCAAGCCAAAGAUCCGCAGAUCAACUAUGUACGUCCCAAAGCCACAAGGCGGCUCUGGACUCCCCAAUUUCACCCACUAUUACCAUUGUGCGCAGCUGGCACAUAUUGAGCAAUGGCACACCUCACCAGGAAAAAAAAGAGAUGGGUGGACCUAGAACACAACAUCGUGGGAUGGAAUCUUCCCAUAUCCUACAUGUGGAACACCAACCUUUCCCAACGCCUACCUCUCCAGCAAUCACCCACACUCUUUCCCUAUGUGACAAACUUAAAAGCAAAUUCGACGUGACAUCCUUCCUUCCCCUGUCACACCUAGUUACUGUGACAAACUGUUCCCACCUGGUAUGGUCCUGAAGCACUUCCACAGCUUCGACCAAAGAGACAUCUCCAGACUAUUACACCUAUAUCGCCAGGGUAAUAUCAUCAAAUACUCUGACCUACCAGCCCAAGAAACUCUGCAAACCUCCGACUAUUUCAGAUUCCUAAAACUCCGGGACCUAGCUUACACACCCAUGAUCAAACAAGCCGACACAGCACCGCCGACCCCCUUUGAAAGGCAAUGCUUUGACGCACCGACACAACCAGAUCAAAUCUCAUAGCUUUACAUAGCAUUGACCACCAACAUCUCCCAGAUCAAUCUGACCUACAUUGUGGCAUGGGAACGCGACAUAGGACCACUGGAAGAACCAAGUGACUGGCCGGCGAUAUGUGAAGCCCUUAGCUCCCUGACAGGAUGUGUCACCCACAAAGAGCAAGCCUUUAAGACACUCUUUCGAUGUUACAUCAUCCCUCUUAAACUCCAGAAAACGGGUCGCAAGCCGAACAACCUGUGUUGAAAGCUCGGUGAUGAAUCCGGCAAUUAUCUACACUGCUAAUAGUUAUGUCCGAAGCUGAAACCAUUUUGGACCAAAGUCCACGCACUGAUUGAACAAGUCGUAACAAAGCUCCUCCCAGCAGACCCAUGGAUGCUUCUGUUUUCAAAACCAACCAACUCCCUCACCAGGAAAGAAAACAAACUCACCGCCAGAAUCACCAAAUGGUCAGUUACUAGCACCAGGGCAGCAAAUACCGUGGAGACAGGAGUGCAAAGCAAAGGUAAUAUCGGCACUCAACCUAAUUUUUUUUUUUUUUUUUUUUUUUUACUGGUUUCAAUACAAGACCAUAAAAAAUCCCUAAUUGUGCAAUCUUGAGACUAAACCUUUUAUUUAUGACAAACUUGUAUUCGGUCCGAGUCGCAGGGCUUAAUUUGGACGUGUGUAUGUGUGUAUUGUCACGGUGUAAAAGCCCAACACGCAGAGUUUAGAUUAGCAAGGGACAAGGAUGUAAUGUAUUACCGGGCCUUAGAAUUGCAGGACUAAACGUCAGACAGAGAUAAAGCGUAGUCAGAGACAAGCCUAGGUCAGGAUAACGGAGGGACAGCGAAAACAAGAACUAGCCAGAGUUGGGUACACGUUAAUCAGUCAGAGGGGCAAACGAGACCGGAAAGGGUUAAAUAUAAACUCAGAGUCAGGAACAAACCCAAGGUCAAUACCAUAAUAAACACCAUAGAUCAAGGAAUGCACUAAAGGGUACUGAAACAGAAACCACAUUAGGACAUUAAGUGGAUGGGGCUUGGGAAGUUUAAAUACCCUUACUUUACAUUUGAUAGGCCCACAUCAUGCUUAUGCCCCCAAAAAGAGCACGCUCGUGAUGCAAGCGCACUUCUAAUACAAGGCGGGCCACGUGACCAUUCACUAAGGUUGGCACACACGGCCCGCUCAGAAUAAGCGAUCGUAUGCGGCUCGCGUGGAGACGGGAAUGAGCUGAGGAUAAGGUAAGUACCGCUAUAUAUAUAUAUAUAUAUAUAUAUAUAUAUACAAAAUAUUUCAUAGGAUUAGCCACAGUACAUAACAGUAGGGAUUAUCCUCCUAACUUUCCAACUAGACAGGCAGCAAUGACCUUAAAACAAACAAACAAACAAGUUUUUCUUCCUGUCCCCGUGCAACAAGAUAUAACCGUAUCUUCUGACAAAAUUCUUCAAACUCUCAAGAACAACAUUUUCAGUUGCUGGAUGUUAAAAGGGCUGUACAAAUUUAUUUGGAAAGGGCAUCCAAACUUAGUCAGAUUUUCCACUACAUUUACAAUGGCUUAUAACACCAUUGGUAAAUCCCCUCCUUCCUGAAUUAGAGCUCAUUCCACAAGAGCUAUCCCAACUUCCAGGCAUCACAAAACACAUUUCCAAAGCAGCAGCCUGGACAUCUUUGCAUACUUACACCAAACAUUAUAAACUAGACAUGCUUGCCUCAAAAAAAGCUUCUUACAUGCGAAUGGUUCUGCAGGCAAUUGUCAAGUAAGACACACCCUUCAGUAAAUCUUAUUAAGUCCCUACUGUUGUGUAUUGCUGCUAUCUGUAUGAAAAAAACAAACCGAAAAUAAAAUUCAAUCCUACCUGUCCUUUUAGGAAAGUCAGGAUGAAAAUCCCUAUUGGGGUGGUGUGUGUGUGUGUGUAUAUGUAUGUAUGUAUGUAUGUAUGUAUGUGUAUACAUAUAAUAUUCUCAACAGAAAAGUACACUUGUGCUCAGAAAUAGUGUACCAAAUAAGAAUGAACAAAUAGUGUACCAAGUAAGAGUGAACAGGUUGAAGGCUAAAACAGUGUUCGGUGUUGUGGUGUUUUGUUGUUUUGUUUUUUGCCAAACUUUUCAAAUUAAUGGAUGGACUUUGAGAUCUAGGGGAUACUGAACAAAGAGGGACAGCAGUUAUAGAGCAAGACUGUUAUCGUGGUACAGCUAGAAUAUGAUUAUACCUUAUGAGCACUAUAUGUUAUAUAAUAAAACUCUUGCUCUUUUUCUUUCCUUUUUUUAGCAAACUGUCAUUUCAAGUUUAAAUAGCACUGAAUUCAAUGGAAGUGGCUAUACAAGGUAUUUUAAAUUUGUUUGUUUUUAACUUCCAAUUCAUUUUUUUUUUAUUGCUUCCAUCGCAUGUGAUUCAUUAUGUAAUUAACAAUGUUGAUGGUAAAGUGUAAAUUUUUGUAUAUGGAAUAUGUGGGGGGAAAAAACUGCAAAAUCCCCCUUUACCCCCUACCCCCCCCUUCACAAAUUCAUCUUGAAUUUCCAAUUCUUGCUUUAGUGAAUAACGCUGCAUGUUUUAUCUAGUGUAGAUAUUUUUCAGAUGCAGAAAAAGUGUAACCUAGAUCAAUAUAAGGUUGUCUUCUUACAAAUCAAAAUAAAACUCAUUUGAGGUAAAAAAAAGUAAAAUGAAAAAAAUUCUUGUAAAAAAACUUUGAACAUGUGUAAUCUCCAACAAUUCUCUCUAAAAUGGUUUCCCAAAACUAUGCAAUAUCCCACAAACUCGAGCCUGCACUGAUAAUAUUACACAAAUACUCUACUUGCCGAAUUUCGUUAUGGUUGGUCUCUUUAUAACAAAUGUACCACAAAAAAGCAACAUGGGCUACAGCUCAGUUCUAGGAAUUAAAACAUUAAAUGAUAUUGCUUUAACAGGUUAAAAUGCUUCCAACUAGGGCUACACUCCUAAAACUAGCAAAAAUAUAGAGCUCUAGAGUGCUCCUUUGAUAUCACGUGGGUCUUUAUACUCUUUAAAUGGUUUUACCUCCAAGUCUUAACUUUCCGUUUUUAAUCUUGUUGGAGAUAUUUCGUGCGAUAAAUACUAUUUUAGGACAAUUUUAAAACCAUAACAUUGCUCUCACAAUCAUGCAGAGUACAUUGCCUUUUUAUAUGUGUGAAUAGUUCUAUUUAUACUAUUCUGUUGGUGUUUUCUUUUCUUUAUUUUUCAGCUUGGCCAUUAUAUAUGGUGUAUUUUCAGCCUCCAACCUAAUAGCUCCAUCUGUGGUAGCUAUUAUUGGUUCUCAACUUUCCAUGUUCCUGAGUGGCUUGAUUUACAGGUAUGGUAACAUCUGUUUGUUUGACUUCUUUUGCCAAGUGUACUUUGAUUUUCAAUAGUACUCUCAGUUGAUGAAAACAAGGAGUCUCACAUAGCUCAAUAAAGCCUUUUAAUUGAAUACUGUUGUCUAUUUGAUUAGUAGUGACCUAUCAAUACAAAAGAGAGAGCCAUGCAAAUGGUAGCAGCUGAAUACAGCACAAUUGUCUAUCAUAAUACUGCUUUUAAUGAGAAAUGUUUCAAAGGACAGAACGAUUGUUACUAUCUUAUUCUAUUGUUAUUUCAUCCAGGAAGUAUCUGUGAGGAUUUUUAGGUAAUUUGGAACCAAUACAAUUAACAUGAUUAAUGUUAAGUGACUCAGAUAGAAAAUUUGGUGAACCUUUUAGAUUUUGGUUAGGGAUAUACCUAUAAUUUAUUAGUGUUUGUUUUAGUUUUCAUUUUAUAUCCUUAUUAAAGUGCUGAGCAAGGUUAAUUCUUAUUUUUUUUUUAUUUUUUUUUCUCCUAUAACUUUUCUUGAAUAUGCAUGUAACAAAACAAAAAGUCAACUAUCAACACAUUUCAAAAGCGGCUGUUAAAAUAAAUAUAUAUUCUAUGCACACACAUAUCAAAGCAUAUCAUUCACUGCUUUAUUUAAUUGCUGGUUGUUCUUUUUUUCCCAGUGCCUACAUCGCUAUGUUUAUCCAGCCCUUCACCUGGUCAUUUUAUACAUUAUCUGUUAUUAUUGGAAUUGCUGCUGCUGGUGAGAUGUCUUCAGUUGUUCAUGCUUUUGAUAGUAUUGACUUUCUUCCAGUGCAGGGGUUCCCAAAAGGUAGAUUCCCAGAUGUCUUUAUACUACAGCUUCCAUGAUAGAAACAUAGAAUGUGACGGCAGAUAAGAACCAUUCGGCCCAUCUAGUCUACCCAAUUUUCUAAAGGCGUUUCAAAGCAUAACAGUAGUUGUAGUUCUAAAACAUCUGGGGAUCUACCAUGUGGGCACCACUGUUCUAGUGUGUAAUAAUUGGUCCUCUACUUUUUAUUAACCAUGCACUUGGUAAUUAUUGGUGACUUCACACAGAUUGAGAAUUGUAAAGUAUAAAGUGAAGAACAGUAGGAGUGGAUGAUAAGAGGAAAUGUACGGUAGGAAACGUCAUGCUUUAAAAAAAUAAAAUACUCUUUGUUUGGGGGUGCUAGCCUGGGAUGCACCUCUGACUAAGUCCUGACUCCAGGCUUCCUUUCAGGUGCUGUAAAUAAUGAUUCUUUGUUUGGGAUGCGGAUAUGGGGGGAUGCAGGAUUGGGGAAGGAAUAAUACAGUCUGUGUGAUAGACAGAUUGUGAAAUGCAAUCUGUCUCAGUUUAUUCAGUCUCCAGUGAUCGUGACUGGACAGUUUUUCUACCCCAUAGCUUAACUAAGACUGUCUGGGCUACUGUUGCUCGAUCACUAUACAUGCAAUCUUAGGUUGACACAUUGGGAGACAGAAGUUGACUCUGAUUUGAGCCACUCUGCACACUGCUAUAAAAAAAAGACUCCUUUGCAGCAAAAUUUUUUUUUUUUAAAUCAUGAUCCCAAUUAUAGCUGAAAAGAGACUUGCGCCCAUCAUAGCUGAAAAGAGUUACAUAGCUGAAAAGAGACUUGCGUCCAUCAAGUUCAGCCUUCCUCACAUAUGUUUUUGCUGUUGAUCCAAAAGAAAGCAAAAAACCCAGUCUGAAUGACUUCCAAUUUUGCAACAAACUAGGAAAAAAUUCCAUCUCGACCCCAAAAUGGCAGUCAGAUGUCUCCUUGGAUCAAGCAGCUGUUACCCCACUAAUUAGAAAUUAUAUCCCUUAUGUUUUUGCAAGUAUUUAUCCAAUUGUUUAAACAUCUGUAUGGACUAGAAAGAGUUCAGAGAUGGGCUACUAAGCUGGUUCAUGGAUUGCAGGGUAAAGCUUACAAGGAAAGGUUAAAGGAUCUUAACAUGUAUAGCUUGGAGCAAAGACGAGACAGGGGGGAUAUGAUAGAAACAUUUUAAAUACAUAAAUGGAAUCAACACAGUAAAGGAGGAGACUAUAUGUAAAAGAAGAAAAACUACCACAACAAGAGGGCAUAGUCUUAGAUUAGAGGGACAAAGGUUUAAAAAUAUCAGGAAGUAUUACUUUACUGAGAGGGUAGUGGAUGCAUUGAAUAGCCUUCCAGCUGAAGUGGUAGAGGUUAACACAGUGAGAGAGCUUAAGCAUGCGUGGGAUAGGCAUAAGGCUAUCCUAGCUAUACGAUAAGGCCAGGAACUAUUUAAAAGUAUUUCAAAAUAUUUGGCAGACUAGAUGGGCCAAAUGGUUCUUAUCUGCUCUCACAUUCUAUGUUUCUAUCUAUGUUUCUAUGACUCUGAUAACACCACCUCUUCAGGCAGAGAAUUCCACAUCCUUCUAGUUCUUGCUAUAAAAAAACCUUUUCUUUGCCUUCGAUUAAAUCUCCUUUCUUCCAGCCUAAAUGCGUGACCUCGUGUCCUAUGAUAGCCCUGUUUAUGAAUAGAUUUCCAGAUAAUGGUUUGUAUUGGCCCCGACUAUAUUUCUAUAAUCUUAUCAUAUCCCCUCUGAGGCGCCGUUUUUCCGAACUAAAGAGAUUAACAUUUUUUAACCUUUCCUCAUAACUAAAAUGCGCCAUUCCUUUUAUCAAUUUUGUAGCUCGUCUCUGCACUUUUUCUAGUGCCAUGAUAUCCUUCUUUAGAACAGGCGCCCAAAAUUGCACAGCAUAUUCAAGGUGUGAUCUUACCAGCGAUUUAUAAAGAGGCAACAUUAUAUUUUCAUCCUGAGAAUUUAUGCCCCUAUUUUAUACUCUCUCUGUAUAUUUUUAAAAUAUAAAAUUGGCUUGAAUUUGAUAAAACUGUCCUCUUUAAGGGAAAACUGUAAUGUUCUCAUGUUUUAUAGAAUGUUUGUAUUACGCAGAUCUAUGAUAUAGCUGUGAAGUACUGCAGAGCACUAGAUGUUUUAUAACGAAAAUAACACGAGAAACAGGGCAGUAUACAAGUGCAAGUGUUUUUGCCAAAAAAAUAAAUAAAUGAACAGAGAAACCGUUUUGAUUAUUCUUUAAUCAAAUUUUAUCAAAAUAUAAUAUGUUGUGUACCUGAUGACUUGGAGCCAUCAAGAUUAAAAUACUUUAAAAUAUCCUUUUCUGCCUCUUUUCACAUAAAAACUGACUCAGUUUACAAUUCUUAUUUGCAUUGUAAUAAUGGGAGUUUAGGUAGAAUUGUAUUAUAUACGCUAAGUAAGACAAAUGCUCUACUAACUGAUGUUCAACCAGCAGUCCUCUGUGUCAUGCCAAUUAAUAUGUAAAAUUGUGAAGUACCAGACCUUUUUUUAUAUGUUAACUGGAGUGUACCCACACCCAAUAUAUAGUGUAUUGUAAGGAAACAUUUACAUAAUUCAUGCACAUUUACACUGUAUUUGGUGGUGGAUUUUUUUUUUUUCUUAUUUUAAAUGCCUUUUUAGCUAUUCUUUACCCACAAUUUAUUGAAAUGCAAACGCUUUUAUAUGUAAAUGUGCCUUAAAAUCCCCAGAUUCCCUUCCAUGAUAAUAUUCAACUCAUACAAUAUGUUGUUCACCAAAGUGAGAAUUUUCAGGAAUUCAAAGUGAAUUGGAAAUGGGAAAAUUCUCCAAGUCAGCUAUGCUUCAUUUUUCACUAUUUGGCAAUAUUUGAAAUGUAUUUUAAAUUCCUGACAAAUCUCACUUUAGUGAAUAAUCCUGUAAAUUAAAGGGACACUAUACUCACCAUAACAACUUUAGCUUAAUGAAGCCGUUUUGGUGUAUAGAUUAUGCCACUGCAGUCUCCCUGCUCAAUUUUCUGCCAUCAAGAGUUAAAUCACUUUGUUUAUGCAGCCCUAGUCACCCCUCCCCCACAUGUGACUUACACUGCUUUCCUAAAUACUUCCUGUAAAGAGACAUCUAAUGUUUACACUUAAUUUACUACAAAUUAUUUUUAAUUUAAAAUUUCCUAUCUCCUGCCCUUUAAUAGCUUGCUAGACGCUGUGUAGGAACCUCCCGAGUGUAAUUAAAGUUCAAUUUGUAAAGCAGGAGAUGAAAAACUUUUAAAGUAAGUUAGAUCUGAUUGAAAAUGAAACCACUUUGACUUCAUGCAGGCUGUGUCAGUCACAGCCAGGGGAGGUAUGGCUAGGGCUGCUUAAACAGAAACAAAAGUGAUUUAACUCCUAAAUGGCAGUGAAACUUAAGAGGCCAGAUUUCCAUAUACCAAAACUGCUUCAUUAAGCUAAAGUUAUUUUGGUGACUAUAGUGUCCAUUUCAUGUUGCUUAUUAGGAACUAUAAUUCAAACUUUAGGCUGCCAUUUUGACAUGCUCUCCUAUUUACUUUCAGUACUAUGGACUGCUCAAGGAGCCUGCCUAACUGUGAAUUCUAACGAAGAAACCAUUGGUAGAAACAGUGGUAUAUUCUGGGCACUCUUGCAGUUCAGGUUGGAUUUUAAAUAGUUGAUUACAAAUAAAAACACGCUACACAAACAGAAAAAAAGAUGAAAUUAUAACUGUUUAAUUUCUCUCUCACAGUAUGCUGUUUGGAAAUCUCUACAUUUAUGUGGCCUGGAAAGGGGAGGUUGUCAUAUCUGGUAUGUAUACGAUAAACUCAAUUUGAUCAUAAUAAACAUUUAUAUUCUAGAAAAUGAUUGAAAUUCAAGAUGGUUCACAAAGAAUAUAUUUUUAUGAACACUUAUGGAAAUCUUACCUAUCCAUUAUGUAUGGAAAAGUACAUUCAUAUUGCAAAAAAAACGGAAGGAUCUAUUGGAGUGGCCACUGGAUUUGUCUCUAGACUGUAAUGUAAACAUUGCCUUUUCUCUGAAAAGACAAGGCUUACUGCAAAAAGUCUGAAGGGAAUGAAUAUGCUAACCAGAACAAAUACAUUAAGCUGUAGUGCAAGCAUGUCAAACUCAAAUGCUAACACGGGCCAAGUAAACAAGGUUUAAGUGUAUGUGGGCCACAAAAAAACUAAAUCUUAAGAUUUCAUAGAAAUCCUCACGCUCGUAGGGCUUCAAAGUAAACAAAAGAACAAAUUGAUUUUAAGGAGACGUGCAUUUGCAUAUAACAAACUUUCAGUUAAACUUCCUUGACAUAUUAAGAAAAGUUUGGUAAUGGGACUGAAAUGGUGAAUGUAUGCUGUUGCACAGCUGUAAAAAAACAAAUUACAUUAUCUUGUUGAUUUUGAAAUCUUAUGAGUGUGUUGAUGAUCUCAGCCAAUGCUUUUCCAUAGGAAAGCAUUGGGAGGCUAUUGUGCAUAUGUGCACGGCACGGCCAAUCAGCAUGGGGAGCAUUCAGCGCCUCCAUGCAGAUCCAAUCUAUUGCAAUGCCCUCUCCCCCCAUUCUAAUACACUGCCCAGAAAUCCGAUAUAUUGCCCCCAAAUCCAAUACACUGCCCCCUCUCCCUCCACUCUAAUACACUGCCCCUCCUCCCUCCACUCUAAUUAAAUGCACUGUCCCUCCUCCCCCAACUUAAUACACUGCCCUCGCACCAAUUUAACACACUACCCCUCCCACCACACUAAUACACUGUCCCCCUCUCUUCCCCAAAUUAAUACAUUGCCCUCCCCCCAAUUUAACACACUGGCCCCCCUCCCAUCACUCUAAUACACUGCUCCACUCCCUCCCCCAAUUUAAUAUACUGCCUCCUCCCUCCCCCAAAAUAAUGCAUUGCCCCCCUCCCCCAAAUUAAUACAUUGGCCCCCUCUCUAAAAUUAAUAACUACCUUAAGAUGAGCCGCCCAUCCUCCACUUUCAGCCCUGCUCUUCUCAAGAAGGCCAGAUGCUCCUCUGGCACUGCAAGCAGGAGGGAAGGAGGAGUGGCUGGCCUGUGGGAGCACACCAUCUGCCGUGGGAGGGAAGACCGGAAUCAGACAGGAAAUGUCUUUCCUCUCUUGGGGCUGGUUGCAGCCACAACACAAAGUGGGUUGCAAAUAUAUCCAUUGUGGGCCGAAUGCGGCCUUUGGGCCGCAAGUUUGACAUACUGCUGUAGUGUUUUUGGUGACUAUAAUCUCCCUUUAAAUGCCGGGAUAACAAAUAUUAAAAAUGCUAAGAAAUAAUUGUUCCUCUUUAAAGAAACACCCUAGGCACGGUCACUGCUUAAUCUCAAAUCUGAAAUAAUUACAGUGUCUACAAUCCACCGUUAACAUCCUUGUGUUAAGUGUUUGUGUUUAGCCGUUUUUAAUGAUUAACAAGGGUAUCUAGCUGUGAGAAAACUCUGAUAAGCAGUGGACAGAGGUGAUUUGCUGAGAGUCAGCUUGCUACUUUCAGCCUAUCGACUCUGUCCAUUGUUUGUAUUCCUAAACAACUCUGCCUUAGCCAUACCUAAAGUGUGGGCUGGGUUAUGGUCAGGCAGGAAACCUAAACUGCUCAGUAUUUGUUUUUAACUGUAAAUGGAGAAACAGCGCCAGGAGACUAUAUAAGAUGCUGUAUCCAAUUUGUAUAAUGCCUAGAGCAGGCAUCUCAAACUCUGACCUCCCAGAUGUCAAUGAACCAUGAUUCUCUAUCCAUGUGUUGCAUUCAGAGAAUUCUGGGAGUAUGACCUCAACAUCUGGGAGGCCAGUGCUUUAGAUCCCUAGCCUUGAGUGUCCCUUUAAUGCGCCACAAAUUUAUUUUAUCCUUGUGAUGGAUAAAAUAAAUUGAUGGCGCAGCUGCUUUAUACACAUUGACUGCCGUUCUCAAAAUAUUAAGUUGGCAAUGCCAUAAAUGAAGACCCCGCACUGUAAUAAUUCUAUAUUUAGGUUUAUAGACACCUCCAGCACUCAAGGAGCUGCCAAGGGCAACUCACAAGGGAAUGGCUGGACUUAGUGAGAAUUGUACCAUACAAAGCAUCAAAAGUCCCAUAGAUUUUCCAGACCUUGAAAGAGAGAGACACCGACACACUCCUUCGCCAUCACUCUCUGCUCCCACAUUGUUAAUCCAUGGCUAACCGAGUACUUCCCCUCUCUCUUUUAGAAACGGAUCGUAGAACGGUAUUCAUAGCACUAACAGUGAUCAGCUUGGUGGGGACCGUACUUUUCUUUCUAAUUAGGACACCAGGUUCCUCCAGGUCUCAAUCCCAAGAGGAUGAUGGAGGUUCUGACAGUGGUCUCAGUGCAGAGGGAAACAUGUGAGUAAAUACUUCAGCUGGCAGAUCUUGUUUUUUUUUUUUGUUUGUGUUUUUUCUUUCUUUCUAAAAUUUUAAAAUCUAACAGACGAGAGAAAAAAAAAUACAUUAAAUAUUGACCAAAAUGAGCAAUAUGGGAUGUGGAAAAGGGGAAAGGAAAUAAUUUUACUGCAGAUGAUAUUAUUCUGUUGUUUUAGAUCAUUUAGAUUGAUAAGAUAUUAGUUUUUGCCAAAUGUGUUGUUAAUGUCUAAAGUUGUGAAAGCCAGCAUUAAGUGUUCCUAAACCCACAAUGUAACUUUUACAGUAGAGAAAAAGGAACACUUAUCAGGUGUACUUAUUUUGUUAUGUGUAAUGAUUAUCAGAUCAACUGUUUAGUUUUGGUCAUGUUGAUUAAUAUCCCAUUGUCCCAGGCUUACAUCAUACAUUGAUAUCCACUCUCAGAACUUUUGUGUGCCAUUGUCUCGUACACUUCAUUAAUUGAGACCUGAACGAACACCUCUUUUUUUAGUAGGAGCUACUGCGGAAUGCUAUGCUUUAGCUAUAGCUAGGCUCGCAGUGAUCAAAAUGUGCAAGGUGAGGAGUUUAUGAUCCCUUGGCAUUUCGUUUGUAACUUAAAAAGUAGGAAUAUUUCCUCUUUUGGAAAGUUGGGGUGGGCUGUGACCUGUGGCCUCUUUAAUGACAUUGC